CAAUAUAGAUUCCAUGCGUCUCAUUUCCAAAAUGCACCUUCAUCAUCUUCCAUAGUUACUGAGAAAUCACCUUCUCUUGGAUCAUUCGCAGUCACACAACUAUGAGAAAUCACAUUCUCUUUUAUGCUUUCGCUGCGUUUGCUCUUACUUGCUCUCUCCAUUUUCAAGCUCACGCUUCUCCUUCAGGAUCAUUGAUCAAGCAUCUAUCUUCACUUCUGAAAUGGAAAAGGUCCAACUCGAAGAUCUCUCAGUCAGAUGGGAAUGUUCUUCAAUUUGAGAAUGGUUAUGUAGUUGAUACUGUUGCUGAAGGAAACGAUAUUGGGGUCAUUCCUUACAGGAUCCGUGUCUCUGAGGAGGAUGGUGAACUCUUUGCUGUUGAUGCAACAAAUAGCAACAUUGUUCGAAUCACCCCACCAUUGUCCCAGUAUAGUAGAGGAAGAUUGGUGGCUGGGUCGUUUCAGGGCUACACAGGUCAUGUGGAUGGAAAACCUAGUGAUGCUCGCUUUAAUCAUCCUAAAGGCAUUGCCCUCGAUAAUAAAGGGAAUGUUUAUGUUGCUGAUACUCAGAAUCUGGCCAUCAGAAAGAUUGGAGAUGCCGGUGUUACAACAAUUGCUGGAGGAAAGUCAAAUGUUGCAGGUUACAGGGAUGGUCCCAGUGAGGAUGCAAAGUUCUCAAAUGAUUUUGAUGUGGUAUACGUUCGUCCAACCUGUUCCUUGUUGGUCAUUGAUAGAGGAAAUGCUGCUCUUCGGCAAAUCUUUCUCAAUCAGGAGGAUUGCGAUUAUCAAGCUAGUUCAAUUUCUAUUACAGAUAUCCUUACAGUUGUUGGUGCUGUCAUAGUAGGAUAUGCUACAUGCCUGCUUCAGCACGGGCUUGGAGCCUCUUUGUUCUCAAAAACGCAACCAUCAGAAAAAGAAUUCAAAGGCCAAGCAAGCAAUGAUAAACCUAAUAAUCCCAUUGCGGAAAGCAAUAAGGAGGAGCCAGGAUUGCCAUCUUUUAGACAGCUUCUUGGUGAUCUUUCUAAGCUCUCACUUGAAUCAUUGACUCGUUCAUUCUUUCAAUUCAUACCGUCGCGUUUCAGAUCUGACGGCGCAAAGAGAGGCCUCACACCUCUGAAGGAUCAUCUUAUGAUGCCGGAAGAUGAAAUGGAGCCCCUAUUGGUCAAUAAGCAAAGUGCUCCUGCUCCUCUUUCUGAAAAUAGGCAGGUCCAUACUCCAAGCACAGCUGAGAAAUAUUCAGAAAUGAAGCCCCCAAAGAUAAAACCAAGCACUUCCAAGGAUCCCUCUUUGUCAAGCAAGCACCGUUCUUCCUCAAAAAGACAGGAGUAUGCUGAAUUCUACGGAUCAAGUGAGGUUCCACCUUAUGCUACUAAAUCUAAGAGCCAGAAACAAAGGUCAAGACAUCGACCUCGAGAAAAGAGUGGACAAGUUGGAGCUGAGCCAAAACCUGCUGAGACGAGGGCUGUUGAUUAUGAUAAUAUAAAGUUUGACCAUUACAAUAUGAGGACUAAGUAUGGAUCUUAAAGAGUCCUUCCAUUUCAAUCCUAAC